AUGUCGGCCCAAGGAAUCAGUUUCAAACAUGCAGUUCUCCCACCUAUCAUUAGGAACAGCGAAAAGGAAUUUCUGGAAAGCAUACAAAACUAUAUAAGUACAGAAACCAAAAAAGUGGGCUGCGAUGAGGAAGGACCUGCUGACGAGUAUUACAUCAUAUACCGAAACGUUUUUGAUAAGGUAAUAGACUAUGUCACUGCAUACAAAUCCAUUCUUACUUCAAUCAAAAAAGAAUACGAUGCCUUUAUUGAGACCCUAAAGAAAGACCAAAACACUGCAUUUUGUCGUUACGGAAAACUUCAAGUUUUGACUGCCGAGCCCAUGACAUGGGCAUACCACAGGCAAAGAAUAACCCAACUUGAAGCGAGGAUGACUAUUAUUGAAAAUGAUUCCUCAAGAAUUCAAAUGCAAAUAAAGAAAAUGAAAGAGCUUAGAGCAGAGUAUGACAGAAAAGAAGUAAAAUAUUGUACUUUCUCCAAAGAUCCUUCGAAGCCUAUUCCAGGCAUGACGCUCGAAGACUCCGUCAAUCUGGAGGCACUCACUAAACACUUAAAACGCCUUGAGGAUAAAUACGCAGAAAUUAAACAAACCAUGGCAGUAAAAUACGUGUCGGCUCACAGGAAGGAGGAUUUGGAUGAGGAAAAGAUGACGUUAUUAAAGCAGAGAGAUGCAGCUGAAUGUCUGAACAAAGAGCUACAGUUUCGCCACCAAAGAAUUCAGAUCAUUGCCUACGCCCUUGCUUCCUGGAUCCAGUCAAAUAUGAGCAAGUCCUUUCAAGAGGUGGUGGAGCAAAUUCAGAAAACCAGAGAGUUGUAUGGUGACCAAGAAUUUGCUGAGGAACUACUUGGAGAUGAUCCAAGCAAAGCAAAAGAAGCCGAAAUGUUGCUCGGCUAUAUUGAGAGGUUCAAUGAAUUACUUGGACUUGGUGAAUAUGAAAAGGCAGCUUUGUUUGCAGCGAACAGUCCUAGACGAAUCCUGCGAAACGCUAGUAUAAUGGAAACAUUUAAAGCUAUUGGAAAAAUUAGAGGAAAACCUCUCCCGUUACUGUUAUUUUUUGAGGCACUCUUUGGCACGAGCCAGGCUUUUAAACGCCCUGUUGAUGCAGCGCUAACCCUGGAAGGCAUCAAGUGCGCAUUAUCUGAAAGACGAUUCGAUCUGGUUAUACACUGGGUCACCCAGCAAAGGCUGACGCUCUCUGAGGAGGCGGGGGAUGCCAUUUAUGAUUAUGGGGAGCAGGAUGCUUUUAACAGAACCAAAUGCAUCACGUUGGCGCAAAGCAUCUACAUGGAGUGUGGCGUACACAAUAAAGUGCUUCUUUGCCUGUGUAAACUUGGUCAGAUUCAUUGGGCCAUGGAAUACAUACACCAGCACAAGGACUUUACUUCAGCUGAUUUACUGCAGCUCAUCAGAUUAUGUCCUCACAUUGAAUUAAUCCAGUGUCUCACAAAAGAAUGGAAUGGAAAACCACCGUCUCUACCUUUGUGUCUUGUUGUACUUCAUCUGUUCUCUGUAGAUCUGAAAAAAGUUGGUGUGAAGCUGCUUCAAGAAGUAAAUAAAUGCGGGAAAGAUGAAAUCGCACAUCUUAUAAUAAGUGAUACACUUUGCACCUUAGAAGAGUGGCAAGAAAUGGCAAAUAUUUGUGUCCAGAAUGGCUUUGACAAAUUAUCCAGUGACAUCUUAUCCAGUCUUCAGUCACAGGCCGUAAUAUCAGAAAUUAUUGAAGAAGACAAUACGGUCAACCUAAUGGAACAUGUUUUUUGGUAG